UGAGUAGACGGCAGUGGGGGACGGACUGCGCGAAGGCCUGGCUGCCGGACUGGUGAACUCUGCUCUGGGCCUAGGGCCGGCGGGAGGGUCCGGAACCAAGUCUGCGCGCCCUACUGUGUAGCAGCCGGGCGGCUAAGGCCCGGAGGGCAGCAGGAGGGGAAGCCCUGGCCUAGUCCCGCGGAGAUGUCCGGCUGCGGCGCUUGUACUUGCGGCACGGUUGCCGCGCGGCUCAUCACCUCCUCGCUCGCCUCCGCGCACAGAGGUAUUUCUUGUGGUCGCAUUCAUAUACCAGUUUUAGGAAGACUUGGGACCUUUGAAACACAGAUCUUACGAAGAGCUCCUUUUAGAACUUUUACAGAAACACCAGCAUAUUUUGCUUCAAAAGAUGGGAUCAGUAAAGAUGGCUCUGGAGAUGGAAAUAAAAAAUCAGUGAGUGAGGGAAGCAGUAAGAAAUCCGGCUCUGGGAAUUCUGGGAAAGGUGGAAACCAGCUGCGCUGUCCAAAAUGUGGUGACUUGUGCACCCAUGUAGAGACUUUUGUGUCAUCCACCCGUUUUGUGAAGUGUGAAAAAUGCCAUCACUUUUUUGUUGUGCUCUCUGAAGCCGACUCAAAGAAAAGCAUAAUUAAAGAACCCGAGUCAGCAGCAGAAGCUGUAAAAUUGGCAUUCCAACAGAAACCACCUCCUCCUCCCAAGAAGAUUUAUAACUACCUCGACAAGUAUGUUGUUGGCCAGUCAUUUGCUAAGAAGGUGCUUUCGGUUGCUGUGUACAAUCAUUAUAAGAGAAUAUAUAAUAAUAUCCCAGCUAAUCUGAGACAGCAAGCAGAGGUUGAGAAGCAGACAUCAUUAACACCUAGAGAGUUAGAAAUAAGAAGACGGGAAGAUGAAUACAGAUUUACAAAAUUGCUUCAGAUUGCUGGAAUUAGUCCACAUGGUAAUGCUUUAGGAGCAUCAAUGCAGCAACAAAUAAAUCAACAAAUACCUCAGGAAAAACGAGGAGGUGAAGUAUUGGAUUCUUCCCAUGAUGAUAUAAAACUUGAAAAGAGUAAUAUUUUGCUACUUGGACCAACUGGGUCAGGUAAAACUCUGCUGGCACAAACUCUAGCUAAAUGUCUUGAUGUCCCCUUUGCUAUCUGUGACUGUACAACUUUGACUCAAGCUGGAUAUGUAGGUGAAGAUAUUGAAUCUGUGAUUGCCAAACUGCUCCAAGAUGCCAAUUAUAAUGUAGAAAAAGCACAACAAGGAAUUGUCUUUCUGGAUGAAGUAGAUAAGAUUGGCAGUGUGCCAGGCAUUCAUCAGUUACGGGAUGUAGGUGGAGAAGGCGUUCAGCAAGGCUUAUUAAAACUAUUAGAAGGCACAAUAGUCAACGUUCCAGAAAAGAAUUCACGCAAGCUACGUGGAGAAACGGUACAAGUUGAUACAACAAACAUUCUGUUUGUUGCAUCAGGUGCUUUCAAUGGUUUAGACAGAAUCAUCAGCAGGAGAAAAAAUGAAAAGUAUCUUGGAUUUGGAACACCGUCUAAUCUGGGAAAAGGCAGAAGGGCUGCAGCUGCUGCAGACCUGGCCAAUCGAAGUGGAGAAUCAAAUACUCACCAAGAUAUUGAAGAAAAAGAUCGACUGUUACGUCAUGUGGAAGCCAGAGAUCUCAUUGAAUUUGGCAUGAUUCCUGAGUUUGUGGGACGGUUGCCUGUGGUAGUUCCUUUGCACAGCCUUGAUGAAAAAACACUUGUACAAAUACUAACUGAGCCACGUAAUGCCGUUAUUCCUCAGUACCAGGCUUUAUUCAGCAUGGACAAGUGUGAACUGAAUGUUACUGAGGAUGCUUUGAAAGCUAUAGCCAGAUUGGCACUAGAACGAAAGACAGGUGCACGAGGCCUUCGGUCCAUAAUGGAAAAGCUGUUAUUAGAACCAAUGUUUGAAGUUCCUAAUUCUGAUAUUGUAUGUGUGGAGGUUGACAAAGAAGUGGUAGAAGGAAAAAAGGAACCAGGUUAUAUCCGAGCUCCAGCGAAAGAAUCAUCUGAAGAGGAAUAUGACUCUGGAGUUGAAGAAGAAGGAUGGCCUCGCCAAGCAGAUGCUGCAAACAGCUAAAUUCUCAGACUUCUGUCCUGUAUAUAAAGCUUUUCCUUCCUUUGUUUAGGAUCAUAACUGUCUACAGUCUGACAUUAAAAGCAUUGGAUCUAUUUUGGAUAUCAUACAUGGUCAGAAACCUUUAGGAUAAAAAUCAGAUCAUGUAUAUUAUGUAACAUCACAUUGAUUUAUACAGAGGACAUUAUGUGGACUUAAUGACACAAUGUUAAGAGAAAAAUGUACAUUAUUUUGGUUGUUUUUAAAAAAUAUGCUUUAACAAAAUUCUUAGUUCUUUUAAGCAAUGCAGGUAUUUGCAAUAACUGGAUUUUACAAUAAUGUUACUCUACAAAUGGGAAAAUAAAUUCUCUAAAAAUUGAAGUUUGGGAAUCUUAAGUUUAACUUUUUUCUACCCAUAUUUGUUUCCCCAAAACUUGAGAACUUCAUUCAUCUUAAAAAUUGGAACAGGAAGUUUCCAAGUAGUUAAAAUUUUCAUGGAAAAAGUACCCUGGAGAAAUUUUGAUGAUUUAGUUAGCUGUAUUCUUAGCCCUAAUGCAUGACACUAAUUUCCCAAUUGGUACUUUCAACAGGCCAUUACCUUGCUGACGGUCUGAUUUGCCAUAUCAGUACCACAAAUGAGCAGACAGGAUUGAAGUAUGCCUUGAAUCUUCAGGAAAAGUCUGUACAUCUAAUUCUAAAAGUAGCAUGCAACAUCAGUCAUGUAACAGCCAUAUGCUGAACUAAAUAAAAAUCCUAUUACUGUGCACUUACCUGAAAUACUUAACUAGUUUCGUUUUGUUUGGUGCUGGAUAUUUCUUUGGCUUCAUAGAACAUUAAAGUCUGUUUUGCUAUCACAGAAAUUAAUGUGUUCACACUAAAAUAAAAGUUUCUAACUGUCAUUGUAUAACAAACAAAUUUGGAGGACAAAAAUAAAAAUUAUUGGAUUCUAUAAACACUAAAAUAUUUGGCACUUUUUAAAUUAUUUUCUUUCCUUCUAUAGUGUUGAUACCAGCCUAUAUCAUUCAUUUAGUUCAGCCUAUUUGAAAUAGUUUAAAUCAGAGUACAUUCAGAUAUUUUUCUUUUUUGGUUUUCAAAAUUGAGUUUGCCUCUUAUUCCCUUGUUCUUAGGAAAAGAACCUUAAGGUAUUAGCAAAUUCUAAAUCCUAUUGAUGAUGACUUGGACUUUCUAUGAUGUCAUGAGAGAGGUGAGAUAGCUUCUGUCUCUGUAAGAUGGAGAUAGGACCAGAAAUGAAUUUUUUCAGUGUUUAAGACUGGCUGCUAACAGUAUGGAACAAAAACAGGUAUUCUUCUUAGUCUCCCUAGUAAUGGUUAAAGUUCUUCUCAGAAGGAACUUGUAACUGUUCAUUAUCUUUUAUUGCAUCAUUUUCCUUUUUGUAGAGUGAAAAUUGAUGUAACUUCUAAAUAUAUUAAGGGUAAUCUUCCAGAAAUGGACUGGGAGACAUUUUAGUCACGAUGACUUAGAUUUGGUUUUGGAAGUUGUUAACAAAGCAUAAUUGAUGUUUUUAAAUCAAACAUAACUGAGUAUAACUACAAUUUGUAUCUUGAAACUUCUUUUGCCAUUUGAAUAAAACUAAAGGACUGAAUGAAAGCCAGUGUGGUAUAUGUGCAUAAUGCAGUGCCAUUUUUAGAAGGAUUCACAUGUCACGAGCUACUUUGUUCUAAUGAUUGGUUAAUCCUUGGCACUUUUAUAUUCCUCUAAUAAAUUCUGAUUGUAGAUUCCAUAGA